GAAUGUUAAAACCAGCGAAGGUGACAAGCGGGACAAUCUGUGGCCAGGCGAAUAGACGCCCCAACGCCGGCACACUAUCGGUGGAACACCCAGAAGAUCCGGCAACCUGUAAGGCCAGGAACAGCAACGCCAUUUGCUCUCCCAGAGUUCACCAUUGUUCGUGGGAAAAGGCGGUUACAACGGAGGCAGCAGCAACGACGGUAACAUCCGAGUCCUCGCACAAGCGACUAAGCGAUCCGCGAAGAUCACGAAAGGCUCUCCGAGGAGGGCCUUUUAUUGAGAUCGCUCAAUCUAGCGCUUCCCCACGGUAGUCAAAACCUUGUCACAUCAUCGGCAGUGUUAAAGCAACAGUACGUCUGGCUGAGGCAGUAGGCAGUAGGUCGGCGUAUUGUGCAUCUCACACCCACAAAGGUUACGUUAAGCAGGGCUAGUCAGUGAAGACGAGCCGCAACCCUUCAUCAAGGAUUGUGUGUGCGUGCAUCGCCGAAUGAGAAGAGACCAGUGAGAAUCAUCAUCGUCAGUGAGUCGCAUCGGUGUACACCAUCAUCAACAAAUAGUGUGCGUGUGAACUGCAUCGGCAACGAGGGGAAGAAUUGAGGUGAAUGCAUAGAAGAACGACCAACAAAAUAUCAUCAUCAUCAGUGAUUCGCAUCGGUGGUUACCAUCAUCGGUAACGAGUGUGCGUGUGUGCUGCACCGGCAGCGAGGAGAAGUAUUGAAGUGCAUGCAGAGAAGAACGAUCAAGAGAACAUCAUCGUCGUCAGUGAUUCGCGUCGGUGUUUACAAUCAUCGACAACGAGUGUGCGUGUGAGGAGAACGAUUAAAGUGCAACCGGAGAAGAACGAUCAUCAAAACAAACCGACGAAUGCAAUUUUGCGGAUCGUUUUGAUGGUACCACAACGGCAGCCUCGUUUAGGAAUGGAAUGAGCAUGAUGAUGAAUGAAAGGUAGGCCUCGAAUUAAGCGCAUGAAAAUAUAGAAAAUGAUUGAAAUUGAUAGUUGUUAGAUUAUUGGAAUUAGCGAGUAGAGA